ACAAAGCCAACGACUAAUGUUCCAUCAAUGUCCACUGACCCUCUUAAAAAACGUAUAAUCGGCAUUCCAUUUGGUAGAGAAUAUAGUUCCGAGUUCGGAAAUACUUUCGGAGGUGGCGCGAUUCUUAAAAAACGUGAUGGAGAAAUUGAUGGUAAUAAGCAAAAACGCGGUGUAAAUAAAGUCAUCGGUUCCAAUAAGCCCAUUUGGAUUUAA